GGUAGCUGUUGCAUUGCAACCCUGGAGGUGGUGAGCGUGAGUGCAACUGUGGAGGUGGGAGAGUGCCUCUCAAUAAGCGCAACUUGCUUCUUUGUUGCGAUGUGAUGAAAAAACUCUUAGUGGGUUUCUGCUGGUAAUCAACAUCCUUGGCUGCUUCUAGAAUGCGCACAAUUACAUCGUGCUGCGGCAGUAGCUGUCUCGCCUCCAGCACAUCAACAUCUUCACCCAAGCCCCGGAUGGAGUACGCCGAGGCACAGCAGGCAGCAAUCGCCCCAGAUGUGCAUGUGCAUAGGAGACGCGCAUCGUGCGUUCUGGCCGAGGACGAUGAGAACAGGGAGGUUUGCGGCUGCGACCUGACAACAAGAGGAGCUUUCUCCUCACGAGAAUCCACCACACCGAAACGAAAUCGGCCAGGAGACCGAAUUGGAAUUCCAUGUGGCCGCUAUGAUCUUUUUGCACAGGUGCACGACGCCCGCAAGACGAGGAUCAUGCGAGGACAAAGUGACAAUUACAAGAACAACUCAGAAAAUGAUAAAUCGCGCAGCAAGAUGAAGACGACCAUGUCGACGUCUUCCUGUGUCGGACGCGUGUCGGCUUCAAGAAGCAAAUUUUCAAAAUUCUCCUCCCUUCUCCUCUCCGCCUCGGCUGUUUCCGCCACCAUAGUGGACAUGGACAUCAAACCCCAAGGGGCGACGGUCACAACAACGGACAGCACAUUUGCUCUGUUGGAUCGAGAAAACGGAGCAGCAGAAGGCGGUGAAGGGGAAGCCGAACAAAAGGAAGCUGGCAAUGAAAAUGAAUAUGAAAAACAAGAAGAUCCGACAGCAGCAGCAGCAGCCGAAACCUCCGCAACACAAGCGGCUGCAACAACAGGAAGUACUUCUAGCAGAACAAAACCAUCAGACUCCGCUUCACGAACUGCAUCUUCGCCCGGAAGCCUGAUGCAACGCGAGGAAACAACUACAACUGUGCAGAAAUCAGAACAGCGCACAACGGUUGGGCAAACCGUGAGUAACAUUUGCCUUGCGGUCAGCACGGCCUCGAAUCCGGAUGUCUGCCAGCAGAGCUGCUUGGCGUAUUGAAUCUAGUGAUGUUUUAUUUCAUCUUGAUGAAGAUUCCGCUACAUGCAUGACAGAUUUUUGUUUUUCUCCACUAGAGAUUUCACAUGACAAAAUCCAACCUACACUGAUCAAUAGGUACUACCUCGCCUGCUUUGGAUACGAAGGAACCGACACGUACAAGAUCAAUCCGCCGACCUACGAGGGAUAUGAAUUGCAAAAGUAUCGUACUCGUCGUAGUAUUUGUAUUGCAAUACAAAUUAGGUCAGCAUGAGAAAUGAAUAAAUUUGUCAUCAUGCUGAUUUAGCUUGAAAAAGAAAUUUGUCUUGCACGACUGCAAUUAAGACGAGCACGAUGAAUUUGCACAGAAUAAGGGAAGGUGUGCCGCGAUUCUUCCGACCUGUCACCGCGCGUACAACAAGUUUCAGUACGACUGCGACGGGAACGUCCAGCUAGCGGCAGGCACCGAGAAGCUCACCGUGAAUUACCCGGGCUACGGGGAUUGCGCCGCUUUUCUCGCCACGACCACCACUACCCCGCUACCCUGUGCAAAAGUAUCGUACUCGUUCUCGUAUGGAAAUCAUGCAUUACAAAUCUUUUUCUUGAGGUAAAUCAGCAUUACAGAUUUUAUUUCUCAUGCUGAGAAAAUUUGUAAUGCACUUAUAUGAGUACGAUACCAUACUUUUGCAAUUCAUACCCGCGCUCCAUGAUCGACCGGCAUUUCUACCACAACGGCACCGUGACCGCCAUGAGCUGCGACGACCUGGAAAGCAAGGUCGGCAACGGGGAUAACAUGGAGACUCUGUUAACCGCCGGAGGGAUAACCGCGUCGGUUCGGUACGACAAGAAAAAGCUCAUGGACGAGGUCGUGUUUGGCGAGUGCAAGGCAACAAGUUAUGCAUCACAAAAGUAUCGUACUAGUAUGAAUCGCAUCACAAAUCUUCUCAAGAACAGAAAUGCAAUUUGUCAUGCUGGUUCCGGUAGAAAGCAGGAUUUGUCAUGCACAAGUGCAACAUAGUCAUAGAACUACAACGAGUUGUGCGAUACUUUUGCAGAUGAUGCGAGUAAGGAGACCGCCAGUGGGAAAACCGCGGAAUGGUUUGGGGAAAGAACGGAUUUGCUGACGGAUUCUGAUUACGCAUGGCAACAGGAUCGUAGCUAGUAUGGUUCGCAUGACAAGUUUUUAUUUGCAAGAAAGUAGAAAAAGAAAUUUGUCAUGCACAAUUUUGCUAAGCAACCAGAUCUGUCAUGCACAAAUGCGAAUCAUACAAGUACAACGAUUUGUAAUGCAUACUGACGGUUGUACGGUGUACUGCGCGACGUGUGGGAAGUAUCCAAGAAAAAAACUGUGUUGGUGUAAGUCUUUUGGGAAAACAGCAUCACAAGUUCGUCUGCCAUGACAGGAAAAACUUGUCAUGCACAGAUAGUAAGGGAAAACACAUAGGAAUGGAGCCGAUCAUGCGUGUCGAGCAUGACAAGUAUAACUGUUUUGCAUUUUCUGCAUCACAGAUUAACACUUACACAGUUUUUUUCCUGCAUAGGAUGGGCGUGUGCAGAAAGAUCGGCUGCAAGGACGAGUAAGUGGGAAUUUCUUUUUUGAUGUUGUUGUGGAAGUAGGUUGUCAUGCAGGUUUUGGCUUUGCAUGGGGGCACUUUCGUGGCGUCGAUGCAUGACAAAUUUCGUUUUGAAAAAAAUCCAAACAGCGACUGCUCGAAGAAUGUGGACCAAAUCUGCGGCGACACGACCAAGUUAGGAAGAGAGGAAGAUGGGCAUACAUCCUUGGCGCCAUCUUUGUAUUGCAUGUUCCGCAUGAUUGCAUAAGUAGAAGAUUUGUUUAUCUGAUUUUCAUCCGGGACAUGCAAUACAAACUGGACGACAGUGUGCGCAAAAGUUUAUUUCUACUGGAUAAGACUGCCAUCUGUGCUACUCGAACAUCUGCCUCGACAACAAUCCGAGUUUGAGUCGAUGAGGCGGAUUUUGAUGGAAAAUCAUUAUAGCGGUGAUGUGGAGGAGGGUCUUGGGUGCAACAUUGUUGUUGAGGCGAUUGAAAGUAAAAACGAUGAAAAGAAAAACAUGAAUUGCACGAGCACGUGCACGACCAUAAUUAACAGCAUAUCUUGCGUUGGAAACAACAACAACAGCACCAUCGAAUCACCACACUAUUUCUGCCAGCCGUCGUUCUUGCUCCCCCUGUCAGGAAGAGCAGCACC